CAGAGAUAGAGGAUAGUGUCUGGCCUCACUGUCCACAGGAAUGAUGCUGGAGCAGGUCGUGCUGUUAGCAGCCGUCACAGUGCUGGGAUUGCUGGAGCAAGCGUACUUCUCUCUGAAGGUGAUCUCCGCGCGGAGAAAGCACUCGGUCUCUCCACCGGCCACCACCGGACCUCCGGAGUUUGAGAGGAUCUUUCGAGCCCAAGCAAACUGUUCUGAAUAUUUCCCCAUAUUCGUCUUCUCGCUUUGGCUGGCUGGAGUUUUCUUCAGUCAAGCACUGGCAGUGUUCUUCGGGCUCCUGUACCUUUAUGGACGGUAUCUGUACUUCCACGGCUAUGCGGCUUCUGCUCAGGGCAGACUGGAGCCGCUGUACUUCAGUGCAAAGAUGCAGUGGGUGCUGAUCGCUCUGGCCGGGCUGGGGGUCGUCUGCACCAUGACACAGGCCUAUCUGGGACUGGACCUGCUGCACUCCUUCAGUCAUGUUCUGGGCCUGACCGAACACACAUGAACGCACAAGCGCUGGAUGUCUGCAGG